AUGUCAAAAUCUCCCGAGGGGGGCCUGCGCUCCUUGAGCGGAACAGAGCUGACCAUGCCCUUCAAGAUCGAACACAUUCCCGACUCUCUCAAGGAGGAGACACAGGAACACCUUUCAAGAAGUAUGGAAUUCUUCAACAAGGUCAACAAAGAGUUCCAGAAGUUGCAGGAGCAGCUGCAACAAGUCACACAGCAGCGCGAUGCGCUUCGGCAGCAGAACAACUGUCUCCAGCAGCAGCUCGAGCAGCUCGAGCAGGCCAGUAGCGAACAGAUGGCAGUGAAGCCAGUCGUUCUGAGCCAGUUUUCACCGCAGGACGAGGUGAAUGGAAUCGACUUCCACGAGGGUCAGCAGGAGAAUGCAAGUCGAACUUCCAGGGUGGCUUGCCGACGCUUCUUGGCAAUCGCUUUGCAAAGCGCCGUCGUCUGCGGACUAAGCAACCGCCUUACAAGGAAGAUGCUGCCUCCACGUCAGAAGAAGACAGGAAGGAGGGAGGCAACGCAGCAGGUGGUUCUCCAGCAGCCAUGCCGCAGAAGGAUCACGGUCCGCCGACGACAGAAUCGGCGCCGGCAUCGGCGAAGGUAG